CCGGAUGAAGACGUAUUGACGCGUGGAUUUUUUUCUCCUUUUUUUCCGGAAAGGGAAAUUUAGAAAUUAACAACGUUACAACGUGAAUUACGAAAUUAUAACGUGAGUUCGUAAGUUGCAGUGCACUUUAAGAAUUAAACGAAAUCGCAACGGUGUAAAAAGAAUUCAAUAGAUUGGGAUGAAACUGGUGAAUUAGCUUUUGAUCGAAUAAAAACUGACAAACUAUUUUGUCGAAGACGCUCCCAUAACUUUGACGGCAGGCGGAGUAUUACAUCAACGUAUUGAGAACAAAAGGGGAAACAUUGGCAUUCUUUUCUAAGAUAUUAGCAAAACCUGAAGUUAAAUAUUGCGCUUUUGAACGGCAGCUCACCCAACGUGAAACCUAAAUGAAACCAAACAAAAUUGUAUAAAUUCAAGCAAAUGACGACAAUCGGAUUGUUCGAUACCAAAAGAAAAUUCAAUUAUCCAAAGGUGCAAGAAAUUGAUAACAAAAUUAAAAUAGUGUCUCAAUUUAAGAAAAGAUACGAAAAGAAAACGAAAAACCUAACAACAAAAAGAUAUACGAAAAGUUUUAUGUGUUGUGAUCAGAUUAGAGAAUCAUGCGAUUCAGUUAAGCCCAAACAAAACAACUUUUGAAUAAAUCGCCUCAGCCCACAUUAACGCAACUCUUUGGAUUAUACCCCACUAUUGAAGAUUGUAACCAAGGAUUUACGCCCAUCCAGACGCACGAUCUAAAACUGGACACACAAGCAACAAAAAAUGUGCAAAAUAUGACAAGCCAUUGAAGAAAAUUCCUUACAGCUUUUUGGUUUGGUCAUAUCUUUCUUUAAUUUUUGUCUUACGGCCACUCACCUUUGAAUUGUGGUCCGAGAAGCAUUCUCUGCCCGGAAAAUCGUACAAAUGUGGAAGAUGUUUGACGACAUCAUAGAGUGCAGUGAGUGUGGUGGGGCCCUGGGCCCGCCACCCAAGUUCAUGGUACCUCCUCCGCCAAGACCGCCAUCGAUGAGUGUUUACGAGGCCUCCUCCAGCUGCAAUGAGGAAGAGAUGGCUCUCAGGGCCCAACAAGCCUGGGACAAUGAUAUGUGCGAAGCCAUACCGAUCCUCGAUGCUAGUCUCUAUAGCAGCCAGUCACUGCAGACAUCCGCAAUGAUUGCGGUAUUCUCCCUGCUCUUAGUUUUGGUCGUUUUGAUCUCAUCGCUGUUUGUGUGGAAAAACAAACGGAAAGUCCAGAACCUGCUGCCUUGCAAAACACCAAACCGAGGACCGCACAUAACUGGAACUCUGACUGCCCUCACUGCCGGCCAUUCGGUUACCUAUGAAGAUCCAGAUGCUCACUUGGGUCACCAUAGACCUCUGGUGAUGCGACACCAUCAUAACAUUGAGAUGUUGCACACCAAGAGUAUCCACUACCCCAGUGGUUUUCCAAUGACAAGGUCUCCCCCAUUCUUGGUGACCAACUCACCGGGUCCAGAUCCCUAUCGUUCCAAUGACAAUGUGUACGAGGAGUUGGGGCCCAAUCGUGACUCAGAUGGUGAGAGCGAACCCCCCCUACAUUCCGAUGACGAUUUUGCUGAGGACGAGCUCUCACUGCCAGGAGAGCGUUCCUUCAACAAACCCACAAUUCCUGAAUCGACUAGCGCCCCAGGAAUAGCAGCGCUUGGCGAACGAUCCAAUAAUACAGAGGGCAAUGUGCUGCCAACAACAUCAACGGCCGCGGCCAGCAUGCCGGAAAGGAACAGCGUCAUGUCCUCGGAUUCAUCAGCACAAGAUGCUUCCACCGCGACGGCAGCGUCGUCCACAUCCUCCAACAGCCACAACAACAACACAAACGUCAACUCUCUAUCAACACGAAGUGGGCCCUCCGUUUCAAUCUCAGCCAUGCUGCGGCAUACAACAGGUCGCAGAUCAUCGGCGGGUGGAGCCCGCUCGAAAAAUGAGAGGCGCAACACAGCAGCUGAUGACUUGAACACCUCCGCCUCUACUGCAGAAGUAGCUGACCUGGCGCCCUUGCAGCAGAUGUACGACAAUAGCAGUAAUCUCAUGGCCUUGGGAUACCAACACCCCAUGCAUUCCCAGCCGCAGAGCUAUCACCACAGCCUGCACAACAUGCAUCGGCAUAACAACAACAACAACCGAAAUGUGGCUCCUCAUAUGGCACCCCAUUUCUACAAUACCAUUGAGAGUGAAGUGGAGCGAAGGAACCGCAUCAAUGCCCAACUAAAGACUUGUGCAGCGCCCCCCGCUGUAGCCACCAUAUAUCGUGAACGCAUUCAGUAUCCAAAUAGCGGCAGAUAUCCCCAGCACUAUUACGCUUCAAAUGCGCCCAAUGGUUUCCUGGCCAACACCAUGAGAACCCGAACGAAUCCCCGAUCCAUGGAUAGGCGAAGAGGUCGUGUGGCGGUACCCAUGGAAACACUGGAACCCGCGUAUGGUUACACGGAGCCCGUGUAUCACCAGAACUAUCACUAUGAGUCCUGCAAUGCCCCCAAUGGCCGCCUUCAACAACCCAUUGCCCCCUAUCCUGCCUACAUAAUGCCCGAAUACAGUUCGGGCAGCAUGUCCUCCUCCUACCGACACCAUCACCCCGCCUCACAAACCUACCAAAACUCAACGCCUCUCUAUGGCCAUGGAGACUCAAGCUUUGGUUCCGAUUCGGGAUAUAGUCAUCACACGCCGGCAUCCUCCAUUGGUCGCCAUGACUACGAUGUUGCAAUGCCCGUGCCCCCAGCACCCCCAGCCCCCACGCAGAAGCCACCAAGUAAAUUGGCCAGUGCCCUGAGUUUUUCGUGGCACAAGCGAAAAUCGAACAACAACAACAACAACAACGCCCACAAUUCGACUGUGAUGAGCCUGUUGCCGCAGCAGCAGCAUCAGCACCAGCACCACCCGUCUCAGCACACAACAACAGCUCCAACCGCUACAGAGGCCUCUAGUCCGAACAACAACAGCGCCUCAUCCACCAUCACCUCCACGCUGGAGAACACCUCUUCUACUUCGAGUGGCGCCACACAGGCGACGACGAACAACAACGAACUUCUGCAGGCGUGAGGAUUUGCUGCCCUCGAUCCCACGUUGGUGGUGCUGUAACAUUUCGAAAAUGUGGCCGCCAGUUGAACUAACCACACUCAGUAGACUCCAAAUACAAAUACAUAGUCAAAUUUAGACCAUAAGUUAUCUUCCUCUCAGAAAGAAUCCUACGUAUCACUAAAUCCUCUAAGUAAGCUAUUGACCCAUAUGUAAAUAGUACCAGGCGGUGGCAACACCCCAAAAAUUAUUAUUCCCCCAUUUGUAAAUAUUGAAACGAGCUUUCGACCUUAUUACUUGUAAAUCAAUCCUUGUCCCCGUCCUCGUCGCCGGGACAGCAGCCAGGAUCACAGCAAAGAAUCGAUCAGCGACGAUAAACGAUGAAGCAAUAACACAUUAGUCCAAAUAACUACAAACAGAAAAUAUCUAUUUUAUCAUUGUUAUUGUUUUAGUCCUAAGCUUCAAAAGUCAGUCCAUGCGUUCUCACUCCCGUCGAGAGAGUAGCGCAGACUGAACUCUUCUCCGACCAACCGAUUGUGAUUGUUAAUGUACUAUAAAAUACUGAAGUCUAGUUUUACUUUUGUUUGUUUCCUACCUAUACCGCUCACGUUGCCCGGGUCCAGAUAAGUCGAUUGGUCCCCUCCCUGCGCCACCCGGC